AUGAACAGAGACAUGCAUGAACAUAUAACCCUCCAUGUACAUUCAAUAUUUCAAUUGACACUCGGAAGGAAACGGGAGCAUAAUGUUGAACAAAACAAUAAUAAGCAGAAAGGAAAGCAGCGUAUUACAAAUGCGAAAACACCAAAGACAACCAUCACUACCGCUAAUAAUAUCACGACAAUAACAACAAAUCCGAGCCCUCAGAUCAACAAUAACAUUGUUGGAAAAAGUGAACUAAUUAUUAAUGAAGCUUUUGUGUCUAACACUGAGGGUCGCAUUAUUUUCCUGAGUAAAAAGAAUUCUGGAAACAAUUUUGCCACCGAUAAAAACAAUCUGGAGAUUUACUCCGAUUCGAACGUUCCUCAUGUGACCAACGCGGAUCAGGUGGUCUCCGAAUUUUCCGCAGAGAAUAACGAACCCAUGAUAAGCAUCGGGAAAAAGUAUGACCCCAAGGCGAGACGUAAGAGCCUCACAUUCACGCAGUCAUGCAAGAAUACCCCGGCAUAUUUUAAAAAUCGAACCAGGUUGGCAAUGCACAAAAUUCUGGCCCAAAUAUUUGGUUCAAAGGACGACGAGAAUCCUGUUAAAAAUGGGAAAAUUGGCAACAACCUCGUCGCUCAGGACGAUGCAUUCGGUAAAACUCAAGAGGCCACAACGAACGCUAAUAAAAAACGCACAAAGACAAAACUUUCCAGUUUUAUUUCUUCCGACGAACCCCCGUACCCUUGGUCACUAGAAAAAUAUUAUAAGGUCUCCAAAAAAGUUCUUGGUCGAGGUUCGUUCGCUGUGGUCAAAGAAUGUACCGACAAGCGAACGGGCGUCAAUUACGCUUUAAAGAUCAUUCUGAAGACUGAUAUUCGCGGUAAAGAACAAAUGCUAACCACCGAACUCGACGUUCUCAAGCAAGUUGAUCAUCCGAACGUCGUAUCCCUACAUGACCUCUUUGAAACUAAGGAAGCUGUAUAUAUUAUCACCGGCUUAGCUCUGGGUGGCGAAUUGUUUGGUCAAUUACUUCAGCGCGGAAGUUAUACCGAGAAAGAUGCGGCGGCCUUGAUCGAGCAGAUUUUACAAGGAGUCGAAUACCUGCAUGCGCAUGAGAUUGUUCACCGUGACCUAAAACCCGAGAAUCUCCUGUUCAGCGAUAAAUCCUCAUCCUCCAAGUUGAUGAUAACCGACUUCGGUCUCUCCAAGAUUCUAACGCAUCACAAUGACAUCCUGAUGACGGCCUGUGGCACUCCUGGCUAUGUCGCCCCGGAAGUGUUGAAACAAAUUGGCUACGGGAAACCUGUUGACAUUUGGAGUGUCGGCGUCAUACUUUAUACCAUGUUGUGUGGCUAUACUCCUUUCUGGGGCGAAGACCAGAGUGAAUUGUUCGAGUCCAUCCUGAGAGGCGUUUAUCAUUACGAUGAUGAUUACUGGGCAAAUAUAAGUGACGAAGCAAAGGAUUUGAUAGACAAGAUGUUGGCGUAUGACCCGGAUCGAAGAAUCACCGCUCAUGACGCGUUGGCACACCCGUGGUUUAAGUAUGCUGCCGAGAUGGUCGAUGUGGAUUCUUCUGCCUCUACUCCAAUAUCACCGCAAUUUCCUUUAUCCAGCCUGAGAGCACAUGCCAACUUUAAGAAAGCUUUCCACGUUAUACAAGGUGUGACGAGGCUACGAAAGUUGAGUUCAAGCGAGCGCCUUUCAACAGCAACCGUAUCCAUGAACGAUGGAAGAACUAGCUUGGCCAUUUAUCAAGGGAGUUCACUGGAUGUUUACACUGCGGGAGUUAUAGACAUCACCGAUGAAAAUCAUGGAGAAGGCGCAAGCAAUUCGAGUAGCGGUGACAAAAGUCGGAAUAGAAGAAAUUUUAAUGCACAAACAUUGGGUUCAUCAGGGGUGCUUGGUUUUAAGUCUGCCCUCGGAACAUUGGAUGAGGAUGCUGUCAUUGACAAUCACAUCUAUACUGAUAAUCGUGCCAUUUUCGAUUAUUCAGGAAAUAACAAUUAUAGCAUUAGUGUGAAUGAUAGAUCGUUGACCGUUACUAGCUCAGUGUGGUCAAGCAGUAGCGAAAGUAGUAUGAGUGUCGAUAGUGAGAUAUCCUCAAGUGCUUCCACCAUUCGAGCUCCACCAACUGCUUCCUCAAGUCCGAGAUCCAUACCACCAAUAAAUACAUCGAUCGCGCGACCUCACCAUUUGACCUCUCACCAAGUAUCACCUCUGGAUUCCCCUACAACGAAUCUAGUGCAUCCAGUAUAA